AUGAAGUUUUUAACAAUUUCGUUCUUUACUCUUUUACAAUUUUUGCGACCCGACAGUACUACUACACCCGUCAGUAGUGAUAAAGUAAGUCAAGUUUGUGCUGUGACAAAUAUAUUUAUUUGUAUUGUAGUAGAGAGAGAUGGGUCAAAAUAUUUUCUUUAAUUUUGAUGAAACCUAGGAAAAAUUAGAAUUGAAAUUUCAAAGGCAUGUGUGAGAUUUGGAAGUGCUUUGCAGAAAAGAGCGAUUUUUAGGCAGAAUUUGGAGGAAAUUUUAACUUUUUUGACGAUCUUGAGGAUAACGCAGCUCAAUGCAUAAUUUAUAAAAGGAAAUUCCAAAUGUUUACGUCUAAAGCUUGCAGAGAUAUCGCCAAAGGCGUUCAUCCUCAUUUUCCAUAGUCUUUCGCCCGUAGAUUUGUUGAAUAAAUUGGCCUUUGUUUGAAAGCAUUGGCAAAAAUGAAAAAAAUUAUAUGCUUGCUCUGUACGACUAACGCAAAAUAUGAGCCAAAUCCAGAUGUUCUCUAAGAAAAUUGGCCGAUAUUUUAGUGCUAUUUUAUGUAUACACCAAAAAAUUUGUAUGUUUUAGUGUCCCUGUGUUGUAAAUCCCAAUACAAAUGGAUGCCUGAGGUAUGAUUCGAGAUUCCAAGCCACUUCCAUCGAGGAAGCCAUCGAUUUCUUCGAGGAUAUGACUUUAUUAUUCGAGAAAAAGCCUGCGGAAAUGACAGUCACUGAUGACGAUGUAAGUUCAAAUGGGACUCGGGGAGGUUUGUAAACAUGAUACAAAGUGCAAAAAAAGUUUCAUAAAACGGGAGAGAAGAUCGAGUUAGUGAAUUAGCAAGGCCUCUGAAUUGAGGUUAUAGGGGGCACAGUGAACUCAAGGUUGUUUGAUGUGUUAAUAAAAACGGAGUUUUUCCUGAUUAGCCAUAUCAUUAUGCUAUGAAAUAAAGCCCUAGAAUUUGAAAAUUUAUGGCAAAAAUGUGUGACUGAGUGACAGGAUCUCCUAGUUUGCAAUCUUAGCCAUGUCAGACAAAUUCUGUAAAAGGCAUUGGUGGUCGCUGCUUGCCUUGAGAUUGGAUUUUUAAUAAACCUUUUUUAAAUUUGCACGGAGCCGAGUGCCGGAGCUGCAUAUUUGGCCUCGGCUCCGGCUCUGGGAGCUAAGAGCCGGAGGCGGAGCCGAAAUUUUGACCGUGGCAAUGUCUGGUUUCAGUACGCAAAAUUUAAAAACAAGUCAAUGGCAGCUAUUUUUCAAAAGCCUCCUAUAAUAUUUAGUAUUACAUAUUUUAUAAAAUUACACUAUUUCUGUCUUUUAGCUCUCCUGCACUUCCAAAGAAUGCAAGACUUGUCGUCGAAUGAUGAACCAGCGUCUUCGGCAAAUUGGCUUUUUUGAAGAUUUCUAUGGCGCCGAAGGCUAUAAGAACUUCAUUGAGCCAGUCGAACAUGACUCGGAUGACUUUCUAGGCACUACUUGCAGUCGGUAUCGAUUUGCCAGAAAUAAUUCGGAUACCGUCGACUACAGUAGUAGGCGUUAGUCUUCUCUGUACAAAUUAUUAUCGAAUUUUUAGAAAGCGGCAGCAAGAAGAAAGCCAGAAAUGUUGAGGACUUGAUUAUGAGCAAAAGAUUCAGCAGACAAGUUGUUGAUCCCGUUAAUGCCACGUUGAUUGGUAAGCUGAAAUGAUGACAUACGCAUGGGGUGAUUCUCUUUACUUUUAGGAACCCGUUACAACCUGUCAUGCACAACGAAAGGUUCAGCACCAGAUGGAAGUUCGGACAGUGGUCUUCUCAGUUUGUGUUCCAAAUGCUGGGCGUGGCGGCAGUUGCCAGCAAAUUACUUCCCGCAGUUCAUAAACGAACUGAUUUGUCACGAUGGGGACACGGAUUGCUUAUCUGGUAAGCACAAUUGUGAAUAUCAAGCGUUCAUUUUAUGAAAUUUAGCGGUUAUAUGUAAUAUACGCCUCAUGCAUUUUUUACACCUUGAGACAUUACUGCAUUUUGACGUAUACACUUCUUCCAGUUGUGAAAUUAUAUAUGUAAAAUUUUUUUUUUAAAUUUCAGGCUAUGGUAUGUGCAACAGCGGCGAAAGAUUACUCGAGGUGUUACGGAACGACACUUACAAACUGACUACCGUAACCCUAUCCGCCUCCUCCUUUUGCGAAUGCCAAGUCAAAGCCGGGUCGGCGAUACAGAACCUGGUAACGGGAGAACCCAAUAAAUAG